GAAAAAGAGAUUUAUCGGGACAGAAUAUCUUAUAUUUUUUGGUGAGAAUUGAGAGCUUGGAUAUUAUAGCAUCCGAUAUUCGGAACCGUUCAUCAAGUCAUUAACGAAGAACUAUUUCACAUUUCAUGUGAACCAAUUUCUAUAGGAAAGGUUGGAGCUUUGUUUUGUUUGAGCUGAAUCCUUUCAAGAAUGUUCCCCAUUAGGAGUUUAAUUUCCAGCAAGACUCCGAGUCUGAGACAGUUUUCGUCCGCAACAACUCCUCAAGUGCUUAGGCCUGGUGAUAUCCUAGGACAAUCAAGACGUUUUACCGAGGAAGAUGUCAUUCAAUACUCUAAAGUCAGCCAUGAUUCUAAUCCUUUGCAUACUGAUCCUGUGGCUGCCAGAGAUGUCGGAUUCGAAGGUCCUCUCGUCCAUGGGAUGCUCGUUGCUUCUCUCUUUCCUCGCAUCAUCUCGUCACAUUUUCCUGGAGCUGUUUAUGUCUCUCAAAGCUUGAAUUUUAAGUUCCCUGUGUAUAUUGGAGACCACAUUACUGGUGAAGUAGAAGCAACACAUCUGAGAGAAAAUAAAAACCGAUAUCUUGCAAAGUUCAAAACAAGGUGCCUCAAGAAUGGUGAACUGCUUGUUAUUGAAGGUGAGGCUACAGCUAUAUUGCCAACACUGACCUUUGAACAAGAGCAAUGUAAGGAUUGCUGAAAUAGUUAUUCACAAGAAUAGACUAUUAACCAUGAAAGCCUUUUUCAAAUGCUAAAUAAAUGUAUUUGUGACAAGAGUACUUAAAGUCCUUGUAGGUUGAACUUGUGAUUAACCACUUUGCCCCCACCAUAAAGAAAAACAGCAGGGGGAGACAAUCAGACAAAGUUUUUGUAGUUUUGCUGAUUAUAAUGCAGUUUAUGCAGACUUAGGUAUUUGAAUUUUUGGUC